CGCAGACCAGAAGCCUGGCUGUGGGGAGAGGGAAGGCUGCCAGAAGAGGUGUCAGCAUGCCGUCUGCAUUCCAGUUUCAGUGCCACUUCAUUCUCAUCUUCCUGGCAGCCUCCAAGGGGGAGACCAGAUACCUAGAGGUGAGGGAUGCUGGUGAAGAUGAGCCCUUCCUACUUCUCAGUGAAGAUCUGAAGCGAGAGCUGUCUGCAGGGCAGGUCUACCGGCGGUCGCUCCGGUGCAUUGACAUGCUGAGUAUAGAGGGGCAGUUCACCUUCACUGCAGACCAACCGCAGCUGCACUGUGCAACCUUCUUCAUCGGGGAGCCUGAGGAGCUAAUCAUGAUCGACUACGACCUUGUAAACAUUGACUGCAAAGGGGGCGAUUUCCUGAAGGUAUUUGAUGGCUGGAUACUCAAAGGAGAGAAAUUUCCCAGUUCCUUGGACCAUCCUCUUCCUGCUUCUGAAAGAUACAUAGACUUUUGUGAAAGUGGCAAUAUUCAGAAGAGCAUCAGGUCAUCACAGAACGUGGCAAUGAUCUUCUUCAGGAUUCACCAGCCAGGCAAUGGAUUUACCAUCACAGUCAAGAAAAACACCAACCUCUUUCCUUGCAAUGUCAUCUCUCAGACUCCCUCGGGAAGGUUUACCAUGGUCAUUCCUCAUCAGCACAGGAACUGCAGCUUCUCCAUAAUAUACCCAGUGGUGAUAAAAAUAUCUGAUCUUAUGCUGGGGCAUUUAAAUGGCCUCUUUUUGAAGAAACCAUCAGCAGGCUGUGCAGGAGUGGGAGACUUUGUAGAGCUGCUAGGAGGAACUGGCUUAGACCCGUCCAAGAUGUUUCCACUUGCUGAUCUCUGUCACUCUUUUCAUGGGUCUGCACAAAUGAAAAUUGGCUGUGACAAUACGGUACUGAGAAUGGUCUCCAGUGGCAAACAUAUCAAUCGUGUGACGUUUGAGUAUCAACAAAUCAACCUGCAGGAAACAGAAAACAGAAAGGAGAACAGCAUUGAGGAAUUCUGCUUUCCUAGUAUCUGAAAAACCAGGCCACACAUUUCCACAUAGCUAAUGAAAAUAAGGUUCUGGUGAACUAAAAAAUAUGUAUUUUUCCUUUAAACAGCUGGUAGUAUCAAGUCUUUCUACAGUACAAUCGUAUUUCUUUUUUUCAUAGAGAUCAGUCAUUCCCAUGAACAAGCAAGAAAAAGCAACCAAUAUAUUAAUCUUUGUUACUAUCAUGGUAUUAUUUCUGCAGUGUUUAAGCUCAUUUACCAUGCCCAAAAUCAAUAGCAAGAACAGAAAGCUAUGUUUCCCAAAUAAAUAUUAUUAGGAAAACAGAAAAAGACCCUCUGUAUAUCU